CGUACUUUAAAUACUUUACAUGGCAUUUUAGACAUGUAUUCACAAUAUAUGACAUGCAGAUAAACAUUUUUAAAAAACGUAGACAAGAUAAUGUGGACAAAAGACAAAACAUUUAUUGACUUUUCGGUUGCGUCAUAGAAUUGUACAGGACCUUAUUAAAAGUGAUCAAGAUAAGUUUGACUUGAUUCUGACAGUAGCGGGAGUGUGCGUGUUGGGAACGAGGCUCCAGGCAGGGGCCGCUUCCUGGGUGCGUUAGAAGCGUCACGCAGGACAGCGUUGAAGUGGUUAAACGGACGAUGUGACGGCGAGUUUUGAGAAGAUAAGUUUAGAGCAGAGGGCAGAAGAGGGCAGCCCCGUGAGGGCAAGUGUUUGCUGUGGCGCUCCUGUUAGCGAAAGAUGAACAAGAACCACCGAGUGCCGAGCAACCGGACUCUGGGCGCCGUGGAGGUGAAGAGUAAGUUUGUGGCUGAAUUCCGCCGGUUCUCCCUGGACCGGUCCAAGCCGGGCCGGUUUGAUGAGUUCUAUAGGCUCCUACAGCACAUGCACCGGAUCCCAAACGUGGACCUGCUGGUGGGCUAUGCUGACGUCCACGGUGACCUGCUGCCAAUCAACAACGAUGACAACUACCGCAAAGCCAUCUCCGUGGCUGACCCCGUGCUACGCCUCUUCCUGCAGAGGAAAGAGGAAGCCGACUACUCUGCGUUUGGUCUGGACUCUCUGACCCGUCCCAAGAAGAUGGUCCUAGCGGCCAUGUUGCUACGGCCUGAUGCCAACCGGAAGAAGCCCCUUGUGAUCAUCAGCCUGCCCAGGGACUUCAGGCCCGUCUCCUCCAUCAUCGAUGUGGAUAUCCUCCCUGAGACACACCGCCGGGUUCGCCUCUACAAGCACGGCCAGGAGAAACCGCUGGGCUUCUACAUCCGAGACGGCUCCAGUGUCCGGGUCACGCCCCAGGGCCUGGAGAAGGUUCCUGGGAUCUUCAUCUCCCGCAUGGUGCCUGGGGGCCUGGCUGAGAGCACUGGCCUGCUGGCUGUCAACGACGAGGUGCUUGAGGUCAACGGCAUCGAGGUGCAAGGCAAGUCCCUGGACCAGGUGACAGACAUGAUGAUCGCCAACAGCCACAAUCUCAUCGUGACGGUGAAGCCGGCCAACCAGCGCAACAACAUCGUACGGAGUGGCGGGGGCGGGGCAGCGUCCGGGAGCUCGGGGCACUCGUCCGACAGUGGCACCAGUUUCUACGGCUACUCCUCCCCGGGCAUUGCCGUGGCGACGACUCCGGCAGACAUCAUCCAGAACUUCCAUCCAGAGGAGCUGGAGAGUGAUGAGGAUGAUGAGGACCUGGUGAUCGAGGUGGACGGAGAGGCCAUGCCCAUCCCACGGACCUCCUCGGCCAGCUGUACCAUACCCUUCAUUCCUCGCUACAUGCCCCACCUGGACCUCCGCACCACCAACGGAGCCCUGGCCUCCCACAACCUCUCCGGCUCACUGGGCACGCUCAGCACUGCCGACAGGGGCCUGGAGGGAAGGAGCUUAGAGGAGGAAGGCACCGUCAUUACACUGUAAACACACACUGUCGUAAGUUGCACAGUAUUUACGGGAACGCUAACACAUAGUCUGACUUACACUGAAGCGUACCCUCAUGCAUACACAAAGAACGACAACAUCCACACAUGCGUUGCCAUAGUAUCGACACCGCCCUCCCUAUGCUGUCUGACAGACACAUUGAUUACCCGUGGUGUUUUGUGUGGAGGAGGAAAGUGACUCUGCCUCUGAGAAAGGCCUCCAACUUCUCAUUGACAACCAUAAAAAGCACUUGUUUCUAUUUCGUGAGGGGGAGACUGUGUUUCUGUGGUCUUCCACUUGAGGGCAGCAAUGAGAUGCUACACUGUUGUUUUUAAAAUUUUGUGAAGCAUAGGAAAGGACUGAUUUUAAUGAAUGAACAAAUGAAUGAAUGAAUGAUUGCAGAUAUCUUUAGGCUUUGACCUUUCCCUAGCUAUUCUGCCCUGGUUUGUUUGAUAGAGGAGACUACAUUUCACAAUCUGCUUUUGCCUUGUCACUUUGCAAACGACAACAACCACUCCCCUAGGAGAUUACAUCUUGUGAUUUGGGAACAAAAGUAAUGGCUUCUAUCCUACAUGUUACCAUACUAACUACCAAAGAGUAGAGGUCUGCAAUAACACUCAGAUUUUAGUCUGAGGAGAAACAAUGUAUAUGGGUCUCUCUUCAUGGACCCGGACAUUAACCACUAUUCCUGUGUUUCGUCUCCAAGCUUUUAAUGUUGAUAAUCACAAGAAAAAAACUAGAAGCAAUUUAUACAAAGCAACUGAAAUGACAAAAUCUCUUAAAGGGGCAAUCUGUAAUUGCUUCAUCCAAUGUUAGACUUUUAAAUGAAUUAUGUAUGUAUGUAUGUAUGUGUGUGUAUAUAUAUUACACACAUACAUACUCAUUGAUUCUUUAAGAAUAUAACUAAUAAAAGCCUUGUGAGCUUAGUUCUAUUGUCGAACCCCAUCAGAAUCCAAAAUAGAAGCUUGUCAUACCCCUUUGUUUGUAGACUAGGUAAAUACAAACAAACACUGUAUAGCCUCAACAUGGUUAGAACUAUCAUUUUGUUAUCAUGGAUUGUCAUUCCUUGUAUCCGUAGAUCUGUCCAUGGGUUCGAGAGUGUUUUCAAUUCUAUAAACCCCAUCCUUCUACCAAAAUAGUGGCGGGGAGUCAGUUUUGUUGUUCUGAACCGCAGAUUUCCGCUCUAAAUAUUUUCAUUCUAUUUAUUUUACGGUUUUAUUUCAAUCUAAAAUGGUUCACUGUAUGAUUUUUUAAAUUUAGUUGAAAAGAAGUAUCUCGAUCCACCGCCACGGACCAACACCUCAUCUGACAGGUGUGCUGUCCCUGCCUGGAUGAAGGUCCAUCUUGUUUUUCAUCCAACUUCUCUUUCCUCACGACAAGGGCAAUUUCCCCACUUCGUGUACGUAGUGUGACAGAAUGUGAUUGUAAAUGUGAUUCUCUGAUUUCUCAGACCAUGACGCUUCACUCACCUCAGCAUGUUUUCUCUCUCGCUCUCUCAUCUGUCUGGUUUGGGAGGAUGUAUUUGUAACAACAGAUGGUGGCUUUCUUAGUUUUCCAACUCUGAGUUCACUUGGAUGUGGCCUGAAUCAUUCACAUUUGAAGAGUGUCCUCGCUUCAUGUACAGUAUUUAUUCACCAUUUCAUUGUAUAUUGUUUGGAGUAACCCCUCAGUCGAUCUUCAACAGAAUGUGAUACUGGUAUAGAUGACUAGCUGGACUGUGACAGAGUACUACAGAGAUGUUAUGUAACUUAGAGACGCUAAUGACCCCAGCGAGGAUGGAUGGGACAGUUCUAGAACCCAGUCUGCAGAAAGAAGUUAGAUUAUUUUGUCUUGCACACGCUCUCACACAUACCGACCCGGUCUCUGUGUUUGAGUAAGGUGGAGUUUGUCUAGCGCUAUGCAUUAUGACUUGGAUCAGGUGAGCACAGGUCUAUUCCCACUUGUUCCUGGUCACAUGACAUCACCUGAUGACUGUACCUACCUGUUUAGGAAGGUGAACACCAGCAAGUUCAUUAGAAUGUCAUUAGUGUAGAGCCAACAGACUUCCCCAAAACACAAAAAGACAGGAUAGCACUGCAGAAUAUCCUCAUUCCAAUAGAAUGUAGUUUUAUUCUGUGUGUUUAGUUGCCAGUGAGCUUGUUGUGAAGUAUAAUGAGAAUUUAGACUAAGGCUGUACUCAACAUGUAAACAUUAAAUGACGCUAACAGACUCCACAGAGAGCAGAUGGUGUAUCGAUGUCCAUUUCUCCUAUUGCUUUUUACAAUCCUCUCUGAUGGGGAAGCUAAAUGUACUGGGAACAGUUGCCUCCCUCACCCCCCUCUCUCCUCCUCAGUCUGACUGCAAUGGGUCUUACCUGCAGAAAUACCUGAUGAGAAUCAUAAACACUGGAUCACUGUAAUCAGACAUGCCAUCUACCCAGAGUAGGGUAUCAUGUGAACUCAACUAGCCCUCCCUAUCAGACAUGCCAUCUACCCAGAGUAGGGUAUCAUGUGAACUCCACUAGCCCUCCCUAUCAGACAUGCCAUCUAACCAGAGUAGGGUAUCAUGUGAACUCCACUAGCCCUCCCUAUCAGACAUGCCAUCUACCCAGAGUAGGGUAUCAUGUGAACUCCACUAGCCCUCCCUAUCAGACAUGCCAUCUACCCAGAGUAGGGUAUCAUGUGAACUCCACUAGCCCUCCCUAUCAGACAUGCCAUCUACCCAGAGUAGGGUAUCAUGUGAACUCCACUAGCCCUCCCUAUCAGACAUGCCAUCUACCCAGAGUAGGGUAUCAUGUGAACUCCACUAGCCCUCCCUAUCAGACAUGCCAUCUACCCAGAGUAGGGUAUCAUGUGAACUCCACUAGCCCUCCCUAUCAGACAUGCCAUCUACCCAGAGUAGGGUAUCAUGUGAACUCCACUAGCCCUCCCUAUCAGACAUGCCAUCUACCCAGAGUAGGGUAUCAUGUGAACUCAACUAGCCCUCCCUAUCAGACAUGCCAUCUACCCAGAGUAGGGUAUCAUGUGAACUCCACUAGCCCUCCCUAUCAGACAUGCCAUCUACCCAGAGUAGGGUAUCAUGUGAACUCCACUAGCCCUCCCUAUCAGACAUGCCAUCUACCCAGAGUAGGGUAUCAUGUGAACUCCACUAGCCCUCCCUAUCAGACAUGCCAUCUACCCAGAGUAGGGUAUCAUGUGAACUCCACUAGCCCUCCCUAUCAGACAUGCCAUCUACCCAGAGUAGGGUAUCAUGUGAACUCAACUAGCCCUCCCUAUCAGACAUGCCAUCUACCCAGAGCAGGGUAUCAUGUGAACUCCACUAGCCCUCCCUAUCAGACAUGCCAUCUACCCAGAGUAGGGUAUCAUGUGAACUCCACUAGCCCUCCCUAUCAGACAUGCCAUCUACCCAGAGUAGGGUAUCAUGUGAACUCAACUAGCCCUCCCUAUCAGACAUGCCAUCUACCCAGAGUAGGGUAUCAUGUGAACUCCACUAGCCCUCCCUAUCAGACAUGCCAUCUACCCAGAGUAGGGUAUCAUGUGAACUCAACUAGCCCUCCCUAUCAGACAUGCCAUCUACCCAGAGUAGGGUAUCAUGUGAACUCCACUAGCCCUCCCUAUCAGACAUGCCAUCUACCCAGAGUAGGGUAUCAUGUGAACUCCACUAGCCCUCCCUAUCAGACAUGCCAUCUACCCAGAGUAGGGUAUCAUGUGAACUCCACUAGCCCUCCCUAUCAGACAUGCCAUCUACCCAGAGUAGGGUAUCAUGUGAACUCAACUAGCCCUCCCUAUCAGACAUGCCAUCUACCCAGAGCAGGGUAUCAUGUGAACUCAACUAGCCCUCCCUAUCAGACAUGCCAUCUACCCAGAGUAGGGUAUCAUGUGAACUCCACUAGCCCUCCCUAUCAGACAUGCCAUCUACCCAGAGUAGGGUAUCAUGUGAACUCCACUAGCCCUCCCUAUCAGACAUGCCAUCUACCCAGAGUAGGGUAUCAUGUGAACUCAACUAGCCCUCCCUAUCAGACAUGCCAUCUACCCAGAGUAGGGUAUCAUGUGAACUCCACUAGCCCUCCCUAUCAGACAUGCCAUCUACCCAGAGUAGGGUAUCAUGUGAACUCAACUAGCCCUCCCUAUCAGACAUGCCAUCUACCCAGAGUAGGGUAUCAUGUGAACUCCACUAGCCCUCCUUUUCAUACUGUGAGGUACAGUACUACUCUAUUCUCUGUUAUGGUACAGGGUGUAGAAGAGUUGGGAUUGCUUUCUCGCUCUCUCUCAUUCCAAACACUUCUGGAACAUUCAAGGCAUGAUGAGUCACAUUUUAGAAUGGAAAGAUUUUUAUCUGUUAAUUUAUUAUUGUUUUAACUACACAGGACAUGGGGAUCGUAACCACAACUAUUUAUUUUCUAAUCAUGUUUCUGUAUAUUCCUUUUCAUUGCUAAGUCAGUAAACAUUUUAACGUGUUAUAACUGAUCCACUGUGUUAAGUCAUGGUUUAAUUUCAAUUUCUAAUCUGUUCUUUCCCUUUUUUCAAAAGUGAUUUUGUUAAAUAGCUUAUUUUCUGUACAAACGGCUUCUAGGGGUGUAGAUUAUGACACUUUUCCUGUACUGUGAAUUCCUCUUCCUGGGAGAAACCUGUAUAUUUCAGAGAACUCUAACCAGGCUGGGAGAAACCUGUAUGUUUCAGAGAACUCUAACCAGGCUGGGAGAAACCUGUAUGUUUCAGAGAACUCUAACCAGGCUGGGAGAAACCUGUAUGUUUCAGAGAACUCUAACCAGGCUGGGAGAAACCUGUAUGUUUCAGAGAACUCUAACCAGGCUUCGGAAUUUGGUUUGUGUCUGUUCCUUUUUUUUUUCCAAGAUAAUGAGCAAUGAUUUUUGCUUGUCAGAUAAAUCAAGGUAUAGAUUUGUGCUGAAAAUUGUCAGUAUUUUCUUAUUGAUAGUAUAUGAUGUACAUUUUUAUCACAUUUUAAUGAAAAAGUAAUAAAGAAAUGAAUUUACA